GUGUUAGAAGUUUUAUUAUUUCUAUGUAUGUUUUUAAAAGAAUCGUUUGUUCUUUUGGAAAUUAGAAUUUUUUUUUUUGGGGGGGCAUUCUAUCAUCACAGUCUAAAUGUUAAGCUUUUGUGUCACAUUCAGACUAUAUUUUUCAAAGGAGUGCCUCAUUAUGAGGCAGAGAACUUUUUUAAAAAAAGUCCCAUUAAGGUCUGAGUCUUGGUACUAAGCAUCCUGCAUAAUAUAUGAAUACUUGUCCUACCUGCAGAAGGCCUUUGUUUGGUCAAAUGAUUAUUUUAGCAGAGUUGCAAGAAAAUGACUGUCACAUGUGUCACUGUAGCUUCUUGAUACAGUAAGACUCCACAUUAUAAGGUACUUUUUAAAUGUACAAUAUCAGUCAUCUCAUGUGGAUAAUGAGACUCCUUUUUUUAAGCUUUAAGUAGAAUGUCAUUGAUGACCUUGGUUAGAGCAGUUUUGUUUCUAGAUCCUAAUAUCCUAAAGAAUAUGGAAGGGUUUUUGCAAUCACUUUAUCCUGAUAUUAAAACAAAUAUCCUUUAAACAUUUUAAAUCAGUUAGCUUCUACAGUUCUUUUGUCUCCUAUAUAUGCAUUUCUGUUAUGGUGGGAAACUUUUCCACUUAAAGGAGGCAUGAAAAUUUGUGUUUAUUCUCAGAAGCCUCAGUAACUGAGGUGCUCUGUGACAACCAGUUCAUAAAAUGUAGAAGGCAGUUGAGUAGUUUCCUCAGUGUCUUAGGAAAUUUGUACUGUUCAUUAUAUUUCCAGUAAUAUUAUCUAAUUAGGGGAGUGAGAUACAGGGAAGCACUGAGUUCAAACCCUUCUUCAUUUCAUCUUUAAGUUCCUGAAUUCUCAUCCUACUUGAGUUCUUAUUAAGCACUUUUAAGUUUUACUGACUAUAAGUUAUUUUCAAAGAAUCAGUAUUGCCCUUGAGCCUAUCCCUUCUGUAGAGUCAGCGGGGAGGGAAACCAUCAGGAAAAUGAAUGUAAAUUAGUUAAGGCUUAUCUCUAUACCUUUUCCCAUUCUGGGGUUUAUAAAAAUACUGGAAAAGACUAUUUGUCUUAAAUUACAUUAGAUUAAAUAUUAAAAUCUGAUUCUUGACUGUCCUUGAGUGAAGUCUACAUUAGUUGUGUAUACUAUCCAGCGAAGCUCUGAAGUGCUACUUAGAAGAGGAGAAGGAAGAAGCUUAAAAGAAAUCUCUCUGGUAGCUUUGCCUUCUAAAGAGACUAGAUUACUAUACCUUCUUUCAGUGAGGAUCUUAAUACCUUAAUUUAACAGGAGUUGGCAAGGUCUAAUCAGCCUCAUGCAGAAGAGUGGCUCAUUGAGUAUAGACAGUGCAAGACCACCUGAUCUAGUAAAGGCAAUUCUCAGUGUUGUAUUUUUAUUUAUAAAUACAAGUUUUCUUUAACUACUGUGUUUAUAUUCGGAGACACUGUUAAGCCACUGAACGACGGCUUCAUUAGGCAAAUCUGGAUGUCCUUUCUGAGCAUCGUGGCAAGCACUAAGUAUUCAGUAGUGACAAAAAUCACUGUGGUUCCUGCUUUCACUGAACAACCUCAUCAAAGAUAAUGAUGUGGUGACACAAAAAUGUACCAAUGCCAUGAUGGAGCAACGUGAUUGAUGACAGGUAUAAAGGCCGUGACUCAGAUAGGUUAUGACCUAGUCAAAAUGAUCAGGAAAGACUUUGGUGAAAGGGAUAAUUGAACUAAGACUUGACAGAUGAGGAGUAAUUAGACAGAAGUGGAGAGAAAAGUAGUGUCCAAAGGUGUCAUCUCCAGUGAUUGAGAAGGCUGGCUGCCCAGGUGGGAGAAGUGUGGGUGUUAAUAUAUUGUUAGUGGCUGAAGAAACAGGUCAAGGGUACUAUAGGGGGCUUUAUAGUUAGGUUCCAUGUUAAGUUUUGUCUCUUAACAGUUGGAAACUAAAGGGUUUCUAAACUGUGUGUGUAUGGGGCCAGGGGUGGGUUAAAGGAUGGUCACCUAAUAAAAUUGCCAUUUAAAGAAUACACAAUGCAUUGUUGAGAACAAAAUGUAUGGUGCUAGAUAUGUCUUUUGGAAUAGCCCAUGUGAGAAAUUAAAAAGUGGAGGGCGGUAGUGAAUGGCUUCUACAUGUUUCCUGUCUCACUUGCCACUACUCAGUAAUUAGUAUUCUUUGCUGGGUAAUCCAGUUGUGAGACCUUGAUCUCCAGCUAGAAUCUUUCCUAGGUGAUCUCAUCUAAUCCCAGGACUUUGAAUACAAUCACUUUAAUUCACUUCUACAUACUCCUAGGUCCCAAACUCCCGAAAACUCCGUAAUCUCUAUUUGAAUGUCUUGAGUGUUCCAAAUUAAUCUCUUAAUUAACCUGCAUUCAUCCAUUUGCUUAGGGCAAAUACUUAGGCUACCAUUGUUUUUUCUUUCAUACCCUGUAUCUAGUCCUUAAGUAACCUACAUGAUUCUGCCUUGAAAAUGUAUCCUGAGUCAUCCAGCACUUCUAACCACCCCUACCACUAGCUUAGAGCAGGUAACUACAGUAGCUUUUAAAGCAUGGCUGCUGCUACUCUUGCCCUUCUGCAGUGAUUUAUGCACAGCAGCCAAGAAAGCCUUUUCUGAGGGUAAGUCAGAUUUUGUCACUUCCCGGUUCCCCCAACUCCACUGGUUUUCCCAUCACACCUAGAAUUCUAAAGUUUGGUCCAUGUGCAUUCAUUAUUUGGCCUAGUUUCCUACCAUCUUAUUCUUGAUCAUUGUAGUCUGGCUAUGUUGGCUGCUUUGCUACCUUGCCAAUUAGGCAAUUCCCAUCUAGAAAUCUAUGUGUUAAUCUUCAGCUUGGGAGGCUUUUCAUUCAAAUAUUUUUAAUGCUCAUUCUAAAUUCAGGUGUUUGCUCCAGUGUCCUUGCUUCAUAGGCCUUCCAUGACCACCACUAAAACAUAUCCUUUGUCACUAUUCACUUGCUGGAUACUUUUUUCUUUUUCUUCUUCUUUUUGACACUUUUUUCUUAAUAGCACUUAAUUAUGCAAACUUCAUGAGUGAUAGGAACAUUUUGGUCACCUGAUCCCUUGUGUCUGGCAUAUUGGCAUUUUUGUUGAGUGAAUGAGAAAAUGGUCGAUAUUGGACUAAAUGGGUGGUGGUGAUGAUUACAUUAUAAUUGUAUGUGUCUCGAUGUGGGGAAGGAAUUUCAGUAAGGAAGGGAAGAUCAGUUUGGCUUCAGACAUUUUGAAUUUGAGGUAUCCCAAAAAUGUCAAGCAAGCAAUUGGGAUUUACUUGAAGGUCAACGCUCUGGCCUAAAGACAAGAAUGUGUAAGAAUAUAUAUGUGGUUCUUGUGCUUGGGCGACUUUCACCUGGGAGCUGGUGGGGUGGGAGGGUGAAGGAAAAAAGGAUGUUAAGUAAUUUAUCAAGAGCAGAGCCCCAGAGCCGGUUUUCAGAAGAGCGCCGUCAUUUGAUGGCCAGAUAAAGGCCUAAAGGGAGCUUACAAAGUACCCACUCUGGUGGAUGGAAAGCCUGCUGGAUUCUCGACAGGUCUACAGGGUCGUUUCUGCAGGUGGGGAGGGUCAAGUGAAAUGAAUCGGGUCUGCUGGUCGAGUUUCCUCAUUUUGUCACAAAGUGGGAAGUUAUUUUAAUAAAAAUCGUCAAAAUCCCGCACAGAUCCCUGGAGUCGGUAAUCUCAUAAAACCAGGCUAAUACACAAUCAUGGUCCACUUAUCAUGUGCUGCCCCGGACCCAUCUGGGAAGCCGGGCUAGUCCCAGCACAGUGGCAGUGGCUAGGCGUGCGGACACCUGUAUGCGCAUUUUCCCCUUCGAAGCCAAGGUAUUUUGAGUCUGACGAGCGGCACGCCAGUCACCCGAGUAGAAACGGAAUUUCCCAGCCGCGUUGUCUCUGUGGGCUGCAGCUCCGCCUCCCGGGCCUCUGACGUCAUCACACAGAGACCUGGUUGAGAAAGGUCCCUGCAUACGCGUGCCGUCGUGCCGUUAGUGCGCUUGCGCACACGCUGAUUUCUAGGGCCGGAGCGGGACGAGCUUCGCGGAGCGAGACCAACUCUGAAAGCUCGCAGUCCGGCAUCCGCUAGGGGCAGCCCACUGCUCCCUUCUGGCUACUGCAGUAAUUCGGUUCCCCCACGUGCUUCCGCUCGGCUGCUGGCUGGGAUCCGCUGGGCUCCGGGCGCAGUGGUAAUCGUUCACCAUGCAUCGAAAGAAAGUAGAUAACCGAAUCCGGAUUCUCAUUGAAAAUGGAGUCGCUGAACGGCAAAGGUCUUUGUUUGUUGUAGUCGGAGACCGAGGAAAGGAUCAGGUGGUCAUACUCCAUCACAUGUUGUCCAAAGCAACGGUGAAGGCUCGGCCUUCGGUGCUGUGGUGUUACAAGAAAGAGCUGGGCUUUAGCAGUCACCGGAAGAAAAGAAUGCGACAGCUCCAGAAAAAAAUAAAGAACGGGACACUGAACAUAAAGCAAGAUGACCCCUUUGAACUGUUCGUGGCGGCUACAAACAUUCGCUACUGCUACUACAACGAGACCCACAAGAUCCUGGGCAACACGUUCGGCAUGUGUGUCCUCCAGGAUUUUGAAGCUUUAACUCCAAACUUGCUGGCCAGAACUGUGGAAACGGUGGAAGGUGGCGGGCUGGUGGUCAUCCUCCUACGGACCAUGAAUUCACUGAAGCAGUUGUACACGAUGAGCAUGGACGUGCAUUCAAGAUACAGGACUGAGGCCCAUCAGGAUGUGGUGGGAAGAUUUAAUGAGAGAUUUAUCCUCUCUCUGGCCUCUUGUAAGAAGUGUCUCGUCAUCGAUGACCAGCUCAACAUCCUGCCCAUCUCGUCGUAUGCUGCCAGCAUUGAGGCCCUACCUCCCCGGACCCUGGAGGAGAGUCUUGGUCCUUCUGACCUUGAGCUGAAGGAGUUGAAGGAGAGCUUACAGGACACCCAGCCGGUGGGCGUGUUGGUGGAUUGCUGCAGGACCCUAGACCAGGCCAAAGCUGUCUUGAAGUUCAUCGAGGGCAUCUCUGAAAAGACCCUGAGGAGUACUGUCGCGCUCACAGCUGCCCGAGGAAGGGGGAAGUCUGCAGCUCUGGGGUUGGCUAUUGCUGGGGCAGUGGCUUUUGGGUACUCCAAUAUCUUUGUUACCUCCCCAAGCCCUGAUAACCUCCACACUCUGUUUGAAUUUGUCUUUAAAGGAUUUGACGCUCUGCAGUAUCAGGAGCACCUGGAUUAUGAGAUCAUUCAGUCGCUCAAUCCUGAAUUUAACAAAGCGGUGAUCAGAGUGAAUGUAUUCCGAGAACACAGGCAGACCAUUCAGUAUAUACACCCUGCAGAUGCUGUGAAACUGGGUCAGGCCGAGCUUGUUGUGAUUGAUGAAGCCGCUGCCAUCCCCCUGCCCCUGGUGAAAAGCCUCCUGGGCCCCUACCUUGUGUUCAUGGCAUCCACCAUCAACGGCUACGAGGGCACCGGCCGGUCCCUGUCCCUCAAGCUGAUCCAGCAGCUCCGUCAGCAGAGCGCCCAGAGCCAGAUCAGCACCACCGCAGAGAACAAGGCCACAGCGACAGCCAGACUGGCCUCAGCGCGAACCCUGCAUGAGGUCUCCCUGCAGGAGUCCAUCCGAUACGCCCCCGGAGACGCCGUGGAGAAGUGGCUGAACGACCUGCUGUGCCUGGAUUGCCUCAACAUCACCCGGAUAGUCUCGGGCUGCCCCCUGCCCGAGGCCUGCGAGCUCUACUAUGUUAAUAGAGAUACCCUCUUUUGCUACCACAAGGCCUCUGAAGUUUUCCUGCAAAGGCUUAUGGCCCUCUAUGUGGCUUCUCACUACAAGAACUCUCCCAAUGAUCUCCAGAUGCUUUCCGAUGCACCUGCUCACCAUCUCUUCUGCCUCCUGCCCCCAGUGCCCCCCACCCAGAAUGCCCUGCCGGAAGUGCUUGCUGUCAUCCAGGUGUGCCUUGAGGGGGAGAUCUCUCGCCAGUCCAUCUUGAACAGCCUGUCUCGAGGCAAGAAGGCUUCGGGGGACCUGAUUCCGUGGACGGUGUCAGAACAGUUCCAAGACCCAGACUUCGGCGGCCUCUCCGGUGGAAGGGUUGUUCGCAUUGCUGUUCACCCGGAUUAUCAGGGGAUGGGCUAUGGCAGCCGAGCUCUGCAGCUGCUGCAGAUGUACUUCGAAGGCAGAUUCCCUUGUCUGGAGGAAAAGGUCCUGGAGACGUCACAAGAAAUUCACACGGUCAGCAGUGAGGCCGUCAGCUUGUUGGAAGAGGUCGUCACUCCUCGGAAGGACCUGCCUCCCUUACUCCUCAAACUGAACGAGAGGCCUGCUGAGCACUUGGACUACCUGGGUGUGUCCUACGGCUUGACCCCCCGGCUCCUCAAGUUCUGGAAACGAGCUGGCUUUGUUCCUGUUUAUCUGAGACAGACCCCGAAUGACCUGACCGGGGAGCACUCGUGCAUCAUGCUGAAGACUCUGACUGACGAGGAGGAGGCUGACAGGGGAGCCUGGCUCCCGGCCUUUUGGAAAGACUUCCGAAGGCGGUUCCUAGCCCUGCUGUCCUACCAGUUCAGCACCUUCUCUCCCCCGCUGGCUCUGAACAUCAUCCAGAACAAGAACAUCGAGAAGCCAGCACAGCCAGCGCUGCGCCGGGAGGAGCUGGACGCCCUCUUCCUCUCCUAUGACCUGAAGAGGCUAGAGAUGUACUCCCGGAACAUGGUGGACUAUCAUCUCAUCAUGGACCUGAUCCCGGCCAUCUCCCGGAUGUAUUUCCUCAACCAGCUGGGGGACCUGUCCCUGUCGGCAGCCCAGUCGGCUCUUCUCUUGGGAAUUGGCCUCCAGCACAAGUCUGUGGACCAGCUGGAAAAGGAGAUCGAGCUGCCCGCAGGCCAGCUGAUGGGACUUUUCAACCGGAUCAUCCGCAAAGUUGUGAAGCUGUUCAGCGAGGUGCAGGAACGGGCCAUUGAGGAGCAGAUGGCGGCAGUGAAGGACGUGGUUAUGGAGCCCACUGUGAAGACCCUCAGUGAUGACCUGGAUGAGGCAGCAAAGGAAUUCCAGGAGAAACACAAGAAAGAAGUGGGGAAGCUGAAGAACAUGGACCUCUCCCAAUACAUAAUCCGUGGGGAUGAUGAAGAAUGGAAUGAAGUUUUGAACAAAGCCGGGCAGAAUGCCUCCAUCGUCAGCCUGAAGAGUGACAAGAAAAGGAAGCUGGAAGCCAAACAGGAACCCAAACAGAACAAAAAGUUGAAGAAAAACAGAGACCCAAAGAACAAAAAGGAUCGGAAACUGAAGCAGAAGAAAUAGGAGAACGCGGGCACCCGCGGCUGCUGUGGGCGAAGAGCGCCCUGACUCUGGCUGGACCGAGCGGCGGCCUGGGCUGUUAAAGGCAGCAGGAGCCCCCACUGGCCCUGGAGACCAGCCAGAAAUUCAGUCUGUGGCCUGAGCUUGGCUUAAGGCGACAUCACUUCCUUGCUGGUCCACCCAAAACUCAGUGGUUAGGCAAAGCUCUGGCACUGCCAAGGACCGGUCUCUCUUCCACACUCCAGGCCUCCUUUCCCCUAUAAGUUCCUGUUUUGCUCUGGACCCAGCUGUGUUAGCUCCUUCUCACACGUGUGGAGCCGCACGGACUCUCGUCCCCUCUGAGGCAUUAAGCACACAGCUUUUUGGUGAUGCUCGGGACGCUGCCAGUGGAGCCCUGGGCCUCUCGCCGUGGCCUUAUCCAGACACCCCAAGGCCUAGAGCAGCAGGAGCUCUGCCUGACCAAGUGGCUGUGGUCACGGUUCUGUGCCCUGGGCUUUGCCGUAAAAUCGUUCCACUCCUGCCUCUGCAGGACCCGUGUCCCAGAAAAGCCUGAGCUCUUAAUUUAAGAGGAAUCUAUCUGGCCUUGAGUCCCCCAGAUCGAUUGUUUCAUCUGUUUGGGAAAAAACUUAGGGCAAGACUCUUUCGAUAGCCGGGAGGGGAGGGAGAGAUAGAGAAUCUAUUUUUAAUAAAUAACAAGCUGGAAA